ACAACACGAACCCACAUCAGCUGGACUUCAUCUCCGGUGACUCACGUCGACUAAAUACUUAUCCUGCUCAAACGAGUCCAAGGCAUCACGAGAUGAAGCGUCAUGUGUUGUUUCUGAGCCUGUUCCUGUUCCACUCCUUGGUCGAGCCCGCACAUCCAGCUCCUUCUCAGUCCAACAAGGAACUGCGACAGCUCAUGAAGGUGCUGAUCACGUACUUGAGGGAGAAGCUGCAGUUCCUGGGUCCGUUCCCUCGACCGCCCGCAGAGGGCACGGAAAUCGUCCAGCCCGCUUCCCCCGACUUCGAGGAUCCAGACAAGAUGGACUUCCACGAGAACGACAAGAGGCAGUUCGACGACUACGGCCACAUGAGAUUCGGGAAGCGAGCCGACUUCGACGAAUACGGCCACAGCCGAUUCGGCAGGAGUGCCCGAUAGGAACCUCCUCCUAGGCGUCUCGUCUCGUCUCGUGUCCCGCCGAGGGAACACCGAUGGUAAUUCUGGCUGGACCUCCGUGUUCCUCUCGGGAUCUCAAGACGGACUCGCUCCUCGUGUUGGAUGUUGCCGCUACUCGGUGCCAUCGGUUG